AAGUUUACGCUUUCUAUCAUGCAAAUAAAACUACUGAAGAAACCGAACAAUGUAGAACUGCCCAAAGACAAGUAUAUACUCGCCGUAUUGUAGUUGAAACUAUUGAAGAAGCUGAGUGUCGCAGAAGUGUCCAGAGACAAGCACAU